AUGAUGGAGGUGAAGAGAAGAGAGAUUUCUCUGCGAGAAAGAAAUGUUUGGUGUAAGGAGAAAAAUGCAAAAGAGGAUGGGGGUCCUUUGCUUGCUACACGUGGCUACCACGUGGGUCCCGCAAAUAACCGCAUUUGGAGGUAUCACUUGUCACCUGGCUCACCACGUGCCGUCUUGUUGAAGCACUUUUGGGCCUUUUAA